AUGGUGCUCUCCGUCGGUUUGGUGCUUUUUACUGCUGCGGUGUGUUUGCUAGUAUAUCGCAUUAGACGACAAUACCACUAUUGGAAGGAUCGAAAUGUACCAACCAUUCCUUGUUCCUUUCCAUUUGGCAAUUUCGGCGAGCUUCGGACGAAAUCCCUAGCCGAAGUAUCGAUCGCUCUUUAUCGCCAGAUGGAUCGAAGGGAACGGUUUUACGGACUAUCGAUCAUGCUUCAACCGACGCUCAUGAUCACCGAUCUGGAACUCAUCAAAACGGUGCUGAUAAAAGAUUUUGCCUACUUUCCGGACCAUGGAGUGUAUCACAACGAGCGGGUGGAUGCACUAUCGGGCCACCUGUUUUGUCUGGAAGGAUCGAGGUGGAAAAGCAUCAGAUCGAAACUAUCGCCAACGUUUACCUCCGGCCGAAUGAAGGCAAUGUUUCCAAUUUUGCUACAAGUUUCCAACCAAUUCGCCGAUUUCCUUCGCACGGAAGUGGGCCGUUCGGGUGAGCUGGAUGUGAAGGAUUGCUGUGCGCGCUUGAUGAUCGACAACAUUGGCGGAUGUGCGUUCGGUAUUGAGUGUAACAGCUUCCACCAGCCGGACAGUGCCUUCCGGCGGACGGGUGAGCUGGUGUUUCACAGUCCACGAAAUUCGCAGCUGGUCAGCAAUCUGUUGCGGUUGUAUCCCGCGCUGGGACGGGUGCUACGGUUAAAGGUGAACCACGACGAGGUAAUUGAUUUCUUCACUGACCUGGUGCAGCGUACGGUGGCGAUGCGUGAGACCAGCCCCGGAAAGCGUAACGAUUUGCUUGAAAUGAUGAUCGAUCUGAGGGACGGACCGGAUGGUGCCGCACUCACGAUGGAUGAGCUGAUGGCGCAAGCGUUCGGUUUCUUCCUGGCCGGGUACGAAACAUCGUCCUCCAAUGUGACCUUCUGUCUGUACGAGUUGGCACUGAAUGAAGUGUGCCAGGAGCGGGCACGAGCCUGCAUACAGCAGGCCCUUCAAAAGCAUGGAGGUUUAACGUACGAAGCGCUGGCUGAUAUGGAAUAUCUCGAUCGUUGCAUUAAUGAAACACUUCGAAAGUAUCCACCGCUUCCCAUUGUGCCACGCGUUUCCUCCAAAGCGUACCGAAUCCCGGACAGUGAGGUGAUCAUACCACCUUACAUGAAGAUUCACAUCCCGGUGUACGCUAUCCAGCGCGAUGAACGAUACUACCCCGAACCGGAGCGUUUUGAUCCGGAUCGUUUUGCACCGGAACGGGUGGCUGAGCGACACUUUAGUACAUUUCUGCCGUUUGGAGAGGGACCUAGAAUUUGCAUAGGACAGCGGUUGGGUGUGAUGCAGUCGCGUGUUGGUCUGGCAACGGUGUUGUCGAACUUCCGCGUGCGGCCUGGUCCACGGACGCAGAUUCCGAUCGUGUAUGCCAAGGAUGCGGUUACGCUACAGUCGCAGGGUGCGGUGUUCUUACAGUUAGAGCCUUUGUAG